UGCUCAUAAUUCAGUUCAAUUUCAAGUCGCGAGAUGAUAAGUAAAUUGUUUUUAAUAUUCCCUCUGCUGUUUGUUCCGGCUUGGGCUGCAUUUGGAACCCAGGUGGUCAGCUAUGACAACAAACGGAUGCUUAAGCUGAUUGAGGACCUCAAUGGAACCGUUUCCGAGCAGCUUUCCCUGGUGGCAGCCACUUGGGGCAAGCUGAGAGUAGACUUCCCCAGGGAUGUGGCCAAGAUCGAGGACUUGGACGAGACCCUGCAGCAGGUGGUGUGUCGAAAGGAGAGGAAUGUCACAGUUCGUCAUCAACUCCAGGGAUAUCUUAUUCGCGAGCAGAUCCGCGAACAUCUAGAGAUCCUGAACACCACGGAUAUGUUCCAGCAAGCCUUGGCCUCAGAGGAGCAUGAACUGGGAAAAUGGCAGUUGGCUAUAGGCAAGCAUUCCCAGAAACUCCAUUGUCUCUUCAAGCCAGACCAAAUGAUUAGGAUCCUGCAAAGAGUUCUUCGCCGAGUUUACACCUUGGAGGGUUCCAGCAAGCUGGCUGCUUUCUUCUACCAACUCUACAUGGCUGGCAAUCGGGCGUCUUACAUUUCAAUGGUUCAAGCGGAAUUGAUGCUAUACGAGCGCUUUAAGAACGGUGGCCAAAAUAACCAGGAGUUCUCCGGCUACAUGGCCAAACUUUGGCAGAGUCUUCAAUUGGAGGAGUUUUAUUCAGGCCUGGAUCAAAAUACAAAACAACGCCUGGUGGAUGCCAUUAUUGAUCUACUGAAAUUCCUCUAGAACCAACCCAUUUAGACUUUAGUUUUGUGAACUUUAUUCGGUGUGUUUUGUGUAAUCAAGGGCUUUAAUACCUUGAUUUGAAUUGAGUUUUCUUUUUGUUUGUCUAGCAUCUGUGACAAAUACAUAGGUGAAGGCUUGUGGUCCUUACAUUAAAAUAUCAUGUUGUACAUAGA